UCAAAUUGCAUAUUGCUGUUCCUGCAGAAUGGGGCGAUUCACCUUAGUGUCCACCACCAUAUCUACUGAUCAGCAUUCACAUUGUUCACAAAUGUUGCGUUUCACUUCAUUAUUGCUUCCGUUUCUGUCAAAAUCAGUUAUUUCGUUUGUUUCGAAAGUUUUUACCACCAGGUCAGUGCAUUCAUUUCAUUGUAAUUGUUACAUACGUUGCAUUCAUGCAUGGUUUCAGGGUUUUAGAUGUUUUUCCACUAUUAAUGAAUUAGUGCUGUGUAGGAGUUUUGGAAAUUAUGCACAUGAACGUGUUUGGUUGGCAGAAGCAGUUGUUUCCAGUUCAUUCGUUGGUUGCCGUUAUUGUUGCUGGCUCAGUUGCUUACUUAACAUGUAGAAAUCUGGAAAAAAAUGUCUGUCACAUUCAUGUUUACAGCAUGCAGCAAUCUACGAGUCAAUCUGGUGAGGAAAAUACGAUCAGAGUUGAUAUUAGCAAAGUUUUCGAAGAGCAAAUUAAACCUGGAGAAUUAUUAAAAAUUAAUGGCAAAAAAAUUUCCAAGCAAAAAUUCAACAGAACAUGAUAUAUAAGUCCAACCGGCAGAAUCACUGCGACUUGAAGCACCCGUCACCAAUGGCAUUUCCAAUAGACUUCCGACUUUCACCGACAGCUGACUUGCUCGCACUUAAGAUCAGAUGCUCGGAUAUAGAAGCUGAGUUACGAUAGAGUCUAGUUGCGAACAAAUCAAGAACCUAUUGUCCAAGAUAUAUGCUGAAGGAGAUGAAGAUGGAGUGGAUACAAGCUGAUGAGACAGGACAAGCGAUGUGUAGGUC